CCUACCUCUCCAGUCGCAUAGAACGUACAGUAGUAUGCUGUUUCUUUCAAGGGAAAGAACAACUCUUAGUGUAGUGGAAAUUAAUUUGCAAAAAUUUUAAUUUAAAAUUAUUAAUGCGUUAAACAAUAUGGAAUAAAAUAGUAAUGUGUAAUUCGAUGAAUUAAAAUAUUUCAAAAUUUAUUUACUAUGUAUCGUUUAUCUUUAUUUUAUUAUUAAAAAUAUACUUCAAAUACAAUUAAGAAGAAAUAACAAUUGAUUGUGGAAUGUUAUAAUUACAUGGAUUAUCGGUAUGAAUAAUCAUUGAAUUGUGAAUCUAUAAGUGUACUCUUCAAAGACAAAUUAAUACGACGAUUAUUCUUCGAGUUUUAUUGUCUGCCCUUGUUUCCCGGUUUCUCUCUUAAAUAUAUAACGAUUCUUCACUAAACGAUUACAAAUAGAGAAAAAGUGGAACAUUCUACUUUCACGUUCAACGAAGCAAAUACUCUGAAGUUCAAGGAGAAAAAAAAUUAAUAGCAGGUUCGAUUCUCUCAUAAAGAUUAAGACUUGGGAAGCAAUAAUAGCUCAGAAAGUGUGUGCAAAAGCGCAAUAGUUUAGAAUUCGAGAGACAAAAAAUAGAAAUAGACAGGACAAAGAAAAAAAUGAUUCGGUUGUCGGUGACCUUUGUUUUGGUGAUUUUGUUUGCUACAGAUAGUGGUCUCCUCAAUAUUUUAAACAAUCGAACUAACAAUAGAUUUAUCAAAUAAUGUAAAAAUAAAAAUAUACAAACUUCCUUUAUUUUUAAAAUCAGAAAUAGUUUUACGUAAAGUAAGUGUGUACCAAUUGACGAAUAUUUACAUGUUGGUAAUUUUUCUUUGUACAUGUACUUUUAUAAUAGAAUUAAGAAUGAUUAUUUUAUGAUUCGUUAUUAGUUGGUAGAGUGUCUCCACUUCCAGAAGAUGAACAAGAGAAUAAAAUGAAUAUUACAAACUUAAACAAAAUGACUAAUAUUUUGAAUAAUAAUAAAGCGAUUAAAUCUUCAAUGAAGACUAUAGAAAAUAAAAAGGAAAUAAUAAACGAAAACAAUAAUUUUAUAUCAAAAAAUUCAAUCAAUACAGUAAACAUGAUCGAAGUAAAAAAAAUAAAAAAUAAAAUACAAAAUUGUACUUUUACGAAAGAACAACACGACAUGCUUAAUUGUAAUAUGACACACGAUGAUGAUGGCAACAUAGAACAAAUUCAAUUAUUAAAUUCUACAGAAUCUACGAUAACAACUGCGAGCACUAAUGUUGAAACAAAUCACUCUAUAAAUGAUUCAGAUACAAGUACAGUUUUAAAACAUACUACUAAUACUAAUGAAGCAUCGACUGAUUUUAUAUCGCCGUUACUAGUAAAUAAAGUUGUUGCAAAUAUAGACUCUGAAGAUAUUAUUGAGGCUGUAAAAUCUGUCAAUCAAUCAAACAACAAACAUAUGUCUUCGGGAAUUAUAGCAUUAGUUACCGCAAUCAGUUUUGCUGUAGCAAUUGCAUUGGUCUAUAUUGGUAUGAUCGUUUGGAGGCGGUAUAUUGAAUAUCGAUAUGGACAUCGGGAAUUACUUGUUAAUGAAUUAGAAUUUGAUACUAAUGAUUUGCGACAUUUUGAGCUGUGAUUUAAUAAAUGCAAUAGAGAGAGAAAAAAAUAAUAAUUCAUAGCUAAAUAAUUAAAUAAUUCAUAGCUAAGGCUGAUAAUAUAACUAUGAAGAUUUAUUGAUCUGUGAUACUAGACAUGCAUUGUGUCAAACAGUCAAGACACCAAAUAUAUUUGGAUAAUAUUAUAUAUUUCUUAUAAUGUAAAUGUUUUAUAUAUAUUAU